AUAGGAGCUUGUCGGUGACGCACGCACGGACCGGAAGCAGAGGAGGGUGAACUUCUCAAAAUCUGUUCAAAGUUCUCAAAGUUCAUCCAAGUUGGUUCCGGACUUCCCCGGUUCGGUUUGAGAGCUCCGGGGUCCCGGUGUGAACAGGUGUGUGUUAGCUGUUAGCCUGUUAGCUUCAAGAUGGCGGCAGGAGGCCCGUUUCUCUUCCACCUACCGGCCUCGGUUCUCUGGGAGUUCUGCCGGAUCAUGGAUGGACUCUCGGACCUGGACUGGACACGGUUCGGUGAGUGUCGAAACGGAGACACAUUAAAAACUAAUUAUAACUGAUAUAAGCAGAGAGUGGAGACCGAAAACAGACCUGAACCUUCAUCAGAAACUGUUUAUGAGUAAAAAUCAGAGCGACCGACUAAAACAACCAAACACAGACUGUCUGUCUUUAUACCUGUCUGUCUGUUUGUUUUUGUACCUGUCUGUCGGUCUGUUUUUAUACCUGUCUGUCUUUCUGGUUUUAUACCUGUCUAGCUGUCCGUCUGUCUUUAUGUUUUUAUACCCGUCUAGCUGUCUGUCUGUUUUCAUAUCUGUCUGUCCGUCUGUCUGUCUGUCUGUCUGUCUGUCUGUCUGUCUGUCUGUCUGUCUCUUUGUUUUCAUACCUGUCUGUCUGUAUUUAUACCUGUCUGUCUGUCUGUUUUUAUACCUGUCUGUCUGUCUGUCUGUCUGUCUGUUUUCAUAGGUGUCUGUCUGUCUGUGUGUCUGUCUGUUUUUAUACCUGUCUGUGUGUCUGUCUGUUUUUAUACCUGUCUGACUUUCUGUCUGUCUGUUAUUAUACCUGUCUAGCUGUCUGUCUGUCUGUUUUUAUACCUGUCUAGCUGUCUGUCUGUCUGUUUUCAUAUCUUUCUGCCUGUCUGUCUGUAACUUUGUUUUCAUACCUGUCUGUCUGUAUUCAUACCUGUCUCUCUGUCUGUCUGUCUGUCUGUCUGUCUGUAUUUAUACCUGUCUAUCUGUCUGUUUUCAUACCUGUCUGUCUGUCUGACUGUUUUUAUUCUUGUCUGUCUGUCUGUUUUCAUAGCUGUCUGUCUGUCUGUCCAUCUGUAUGUGUGCUUUCAUAUCUUUUGUUUGUCUGUCUGUCUGUCUGUCCCUGUCUUUCUUAAAACCUGUCUGUCUGUUUUUAUACCUGUCUGUCUGUCUGUCUGUCUUCAUAUCUGUCUGUCUGUCUUUAUACCUGUUUUUUUUUAUACUUGUCUGUCUGUAAGUCCGUCUGUCUGUCUGUCUUCAUGUUUGUCUUGCUGUCUGUCUUGCUGUCUGUCUGUUUUUAUUACUGUCCAAAUUUCUGGAGGGGGUCACACAUAGGAGAAUUAAAGGGAUGUUCCGGCGUAAAAUCCUAAAAUUAACUUAGGGUCAAACACACUAUAACACAGAGUUAGACCCCCCCUCCAGAGAUGAAUGUUGCAGACUGCUUGCUUCUCUAGUUAUACCAACUUUAGUAACGACCGCAGGAUAGCAAUACAGAGAGCCACGUUCUCAACCAAAACACCACUCUAUAACCACAAAUAAUGCUCAGAACAGCACCUAACUUCAUCAACAGUACAUAAAGGGUCACAGCCAUAGUACUAGCCACCAAACAUCUUUUUAACUUUGACUCAUUUCUUUAGUAAAGAGACUAAACACAACUCACCUACUCUCGUCCAGCAGCCGCUUCUUUGAAGCGAGACCUCAGGCCAGUCCAUUACAGACUACAGCCGGGUUUCGCAGCUCAGGGAAGAACAUUUGUGAUAAUUUCUUUAUCAUUUCCUUGAAGUAAUAAUCACCAUAUUAAUCAGGGAUGCACCGACCUGGUAUUUGGGUCAGAUAUCAGCGCCGAUAUUGACAAAUUAAUUGGAUCGGAUAUCGGAUGGAUGACAUUUUUUCUCUUUUCCUGGCCCCCAACUCUCUUUCCUUUUCUUUUUAGUUUGUCUAUUCUUACUUUUAUUUCUCUCUUUCCCUUUCUUUUCUGUCUUUACUCGUCUUUUUCUACCUGUCUUUCUUCCUUUAGACUUAAGGUCCUUACACACCGGCGAAUUUGCGGAGUGAAGAGAAAAAGCGAGAUGAAAAUGCGAAUAUUCGCCGGUCCGAAAAAUCGCUUUCGCCUAUACACACCGGGCUCGAAGCGAAUAUGCGUAUAAAUUUCGCAAAGCGAAUUAAUAAAGUCGCUUUGCGGCACGGAGGAGAGGAGAUGCGGGGUGGUCCUGUACCGCAAUUACCAGCCUCUCUCCCAUCGUUGCUCUUGGUGCCAGUGGUGGUGUGUGUCGUGUGAACGGCUGCUGAUUGACAUGUCUAGCAUUAUGAGUGAGGGAGAAAGAGGAGGAAAAGCUGUGAGAGACGCCGCAGCAUAGGCCUGGACGAUAUAGAAAAAAAGUAUAUUGAUAAAAAAGAAGUCUCGAUAAUUAUCAAAAAAAUUUUAACAUAUAUUUUAAUUGCAGCCCUGGAUGUUUUAUGCUAUUGAUUAAUGACCUACUUUUAAUAAAGAACACACAAGCACUGAAUUCAAAUUUAAACCUUUAUUCAACCACCUUUUUUUUUUACCACAACUGAAAGUUUUUAAAAAAAACUUAAGUGGCCUGAGUGACGUCAGUAAAUACUGACAAACAUAAAGACUAAAGUGACCAGAAAAUCUGAUAAAUAACUAUAUAAUAAAUAUAGUCUUUUGAUGAAAAUAAACAAAACAAACAAAUAUAUAAAUAAACAGAAUAGCUUUAGGUGGGAAUAGCAUACUACCAGUUUAAACUGUGUGAGAAACUGCCCACAGCCUGGUGUCUGAACACUGAAAUAUUUCUCCCGGGGCCGGGAGAUUUAUUUAUUUUUAAUUAUCAUGUGAUUGACUUAAUAUGCAAACUGAGCACGAGAAGCAGGACUUAUCCACGCCGGUGUUGUGUCGUAGAAUGCACCCCUGCCGAAUGCCCUCCCCCCGACGAGAGCGCGGUUGAACGUAUUUGCUGUCCCGAAAGUGUAAUGUUCUCUACCUUGACGUCUUACUGUACAGUUUAUAUACCCAAGUACACCUCGAUGUGUGCAUUUUUGAGACACAUUAAAACAGAACAAAAGUUUGCUAGUAGUCAUGAUACAAAUACUCGCGUCUUUGUAAAAUAUGAGCUCAUUUUCUUCCACUUUAAGAAGCUAAUGAGUGGACGGGAUGCAGGGGUGCAUUCUACGGCACAACACCGGAACGUAUUUCCUCCGCACCCUUCUCACCUUUUCAACCCUGACCCAUUUUCAUGCCUGAAACGCUGUGUUUGAGAAAUACUUGCGGCCAGGCACUUCAUAUCGCAGGUCAAGAGUGGCUAGAAGCUGUUUGAAGCCAGGCUUUUCAACGGUAGUUAUUGGCACUAUGUCCCUCGCUAUGGAGCAUGUUACUGCAUGGGUGAUGUCCUUAUGCCGCUUGGACGCUUUGUCGUAUUUUUGGCAAGAAACGAAGUCCAGUUUGGUCGGCUUCACAUGCUUUGUGCUGGUGCUGGCAGCGGUUCCAGAGGAUUCCUCCUCCGACGUGGAGCCGCGGCGCAGCCGACACAGCUCGUACUCCUGCGGGUGCGACCGGUUUAGAUGGUAAAACAAGUUGGUUGUGUUACCAGACUUGGUUUUUACUAAUUCUCUGCAAAUUUUGCAAACGACCGCUGUUUGCUUUUUGUCAGACUUGUAAAAACCAAAACAUUGCCAUGCUGGUGAACUACUGAAACCUUUUUUUGGGACACUUUCCUCCCGCUUCUCCUUGCUGUAACAUUUUUUGUAAUACACGUGCUGUCUGUUGUGGUUUGAGAGGGGCUGGGCUUGGUGCCGUAGCGUACCCGGGUCUGCGUUUGUGAUUGGUUGGGAGGAAGUAAUGACUGUAGUAAAAGCUACAUGAUAGGCUAUGAUGAAAAAGAAAGGGAAACUGUGUUUUUCUAUCGAACUUUUUAUCGACCCGUUUUUUUUCUAUCGCACCACACGUCUAUCGAUCGAUAUAUAUUGUUAUCGAAUUAUCGUCCAGCACUACUGCAGCAGCCAGGAGAGGCGAGGGCUGAGCAGUGAUCCUUCAAGUUGUCUGGUCAUUCUGUUGGCCCUUUAGCUGCAGAUCAUCGGUAUGUCAAACAACUAAGAGGGAGAAUCAGGCAUGAUGAGGCGGUCACCCUGUGAAGUGUGCAUGACAUCCGUCUCCUAAGGAAGACAAGAGAGUGUCAUCUUGUGAGAAAACUACUUCAUUGGUAAUUAGAAAGAGUUUUGGAUGCACCUCAGCUGUCUUUCUCUGCGUUUUCAUAAUCUCAAACUUCUCCCUCUCCUCCAGCCGUAUGGGUCUGUGACGUCAUCAACAACAUGACUUUUGAUUGGCCAGAGGUCUAGCAGGUCCAGAUAUUCGCCUGCGAAUAUCCGAAAAAUUCGACACAAGAGCGAAAAAAUAAAAGCGGCUUUUCGCCCCGCGGAAAAAUCGCCGCUGGUGUGGAAGCUUGCAUUGACUUUAUGCUGUUUCAAAAAAAGGCGAAUAAUUCGCCUGGCGAAUUCGCGCCUGGUGUGUAAGGACCUUUAGACUAAACUUUAUUCAUCCCUUGGGAUGACUCCUGCAGGAAAUUCAGGUUACCAGCAGCUUUUACAAGUAGAGGCACAGCACACAGAGGUAAAAAAGUGCAGAGUGAACACAGAGGUCAAAAAGGUGCAAAGUGCAACAUGCAAGCUCUAGUCACAACAUAAAAUACAAGUUACACAAUCUACAUAAACUCUAUAGACUCUUACGCAUUGAAAAAGGUACAGAGUCCGCAUAGAGAUGGAAAAAAGAAAUACACUCCUAAUAAAAUAUAGAAGUGGCAUAUGAUGGUGUGUGUGUGUGUGUGUGUGCGCACGAUGGGUGGAUGGUUGUAGAAUGCGUGAUGGGUGGAUGGUUGCAGCAUAUGAGCCGUUUGGGUGGUGUCUGCCGCCUCUUCCCUACUGUCCUCAGUCACCUCCUACCCCCUAGUGAGGAGUUUUACAGUCUGAUGGCCUGGAGGACAAAGGAGUUCCUGAGUCUGUUGGUCCGACACUUGGGAAGGAGCAGUCUCUCACUGAACAGACUCCUCUGGCUGCUGAUGACAGAGUGUAGCGGAUGACUGGCCUUGUCCAUUAUCUCCAACAGUUUGUGAAGUGUCCGUGUCUCUGUCACCGCCACCAGAGAGUCCAGCUUCAUGCCGACCACAGAGCCAGCCCUCCUGAUCAGUUUGUCCAGUCUGGAUGCGUCCUUCUUGGAUGUGCCGCCUCCCCAGCCACGAUGUAAAAAAGGACACUGGCAACCCAGACUGGUAGAACAUUUACAGCAGUUUGCUGCAGAUGUUAAAGGACCGAAGUCUCCUCAGGAAGUACAACCUGCUCUGGGUCUUCCAGUACAGGUGGCUGGUGUGUGCUGACCAGUUGAGUUUGUUGUCCAGCCACAGCCCGAGGUAUUUGUAGGAGUUGAUAGACUCCACCUCAACUCCCUCGAGCAGGACUGGUCUCGGCUUCGGUCUGGAUCUCCCAAAGUCUAUGACCAGCUCCUUCAUUUUUGAGGUGUUGAGCUCCAGGUGGUUAAGGCGACACCAGGAGGCAAAGUCCCCCACCAGACUCCGGUACUCUUCCUCUCGGUCAUCCCUGAUACACCCAACGAUGGCUGUGUCAUCGGUGUACUUUUGUAUAUGACGCAGCUCUGAAUCAUUGCAGAAGUCUGAUGUAUACAGGGUGAAAAGAAGAGGGGCCAGCACUGUGCCCUGGGGGGCUCCAGUGCUGCUGAUCACAGUUUCGGAUGUGGCAUCCCUCAUCCUGACAUACUGUGGCCUGUCUGUUUGGUAGCAGAAGGUCCAGGACACCAGGUAGGGGUCCACUCCCAUGCUGUUGAGUUUGUCCUGUAGCAAGGGGGGCUGGAUUGUUUCGAAAGCACUGGAGAAAUUCAAAAAGAGGAUCCUCACUGUGCCACUUCCCUUAUCCAGGUGGGAGUGGGUCCAGUGUAGCAUGUAUACGUUUUCUCUUAUUCUGUCUUUCCUUUCUUGUCUCUUUCCCUUUUUUUGCCUUUCUCCUAGCUUACCUCUCUCACUUUCAUCUCAUUUUUUUUCUUUCUAUAUAUCUCUCCUACUUUGAUCUGUUUACUUCUUUCAUUUUCCCUCCAUCACUCUCUUUGUUUCACUACGCCUGUCUCGCUUUUACCUGCAGCUCGCUCACCCUCCACACCUGUCUCUCUCUCUCUCUUUUACCUGUAGCUCGCUUACCCUCCACACCAGCCUCUGUCUCUCUUUCACCUGUAGCUCGCUCACCCUCCACACCUGUCUCUCCCUUUUUUUACCUGUAGCUCACUCACCCUCCACACCAGCUUCUCUCUCUCUUUUACCUGUAGCUCGCUCACCCUCCAAACCUGUCUCUCUCUCUCUUUUAUCUGCAGCUCGCUCGCCCUCCACACCAGCCUCUCUCUCUCUCUUUUACCUGUAGCUCGCUCACCCUCCAAACCUGUCUCUCUCUCUCUUUUAUCUGCAGCUCGCUCGCCCUCCACACCAGCCUCUCUCUCUCUCUUUUACCUGUAGCUCGCUCACCCUCCACACCAGCUUCUCCCUCUCUUUUACCUGUAGCUCGCUCACCCUCCACACCUGUCUCUCUCUCUCUUUCACCCGUAGCUCGCUCACCCUCCACACCUAUCUCUCUCUCUCUCUUUUACCUGCAGCUCGCUCGCCCUCCACACCUGUCUCUCUCUCUCUCUUUUACCUGUAGCUCGCUUACCCUCCACACCUGUCUCUCUCUCUCUCUUUUACCUGCAGCUCGCUCGCCCUCCACACCUGUCUCUCUCUCUCUCUUUUACCUGUAGCUCGCUUACCCUCCACACCUGUCUCUCUCUCCCUUUUACCUGUGGCUCGCUCACGCUCCACACCUGUCUCUCUCUCUCUCUCUCUCUCUCCCCUCUAGCGUCUGAGGUGCUACGUGAUCAGACGUCCCUGCGAUUGGCCGAGAAGAGGGAGAGGCGGACCGACUGGGUGAUGAACCAAUGGGAGAAUAGGAACGGCCGUGUUUGUGAGCUGAUUGACCUGUUGGAGCGUCUGCAGCUGCUCCGCCCUUGUGAUGUCAUCCUGAGAUGUGAGUUCACUGACUUGUGACGACCUCUGAACUCUGACCUUUGCAGAUAAAACAAUGGCUGUGUCCGAAAUGGCCUACUACUCCUACUACUCCUACUAACCCCGCCUCUGAAUUGAGUAGGCAGUGCGUUCACACUGUACAGUAUGCGAAUUUUGUGUAUGCGAGAAAUGCCCGGAUGUAUACUCAAUCGGCUUCGAUUUCUGAGUGUGGAACGGAGCUUGCUUCACGUACUGCUUCUGCCCCACAAUGCAUUGCGCACCUCAGCUGGUAAUAUGGGCCUCCUUCCCGAGGCUGAAUAGAAAUAGAUGGCAUGUGAUUGCAAUAAUAAUUAUAUAUACAUAUAAAUAGAUAAACAAUAUUUAGUCAGUAUAAAUUACACAAUUUUUAUCAUUUUAUCAUAUUUUGAUCUUUUUACCAGAUUUAUUUGUAUUUGUAUUUUAAAUUAGGAUUAUAGGUAAUGUUUUUAACUAUUCGUAUGAAUUGACUUUAUUUAUUUAUUUGUCUAUUAAAGAUGUAUUUAUUACAUCAAGUUUGAGCAUCUUCUCAUCUCUCUGCAUCAUCAAAGUGGUCGCUCAUAUUAAGCACAGACCUCUGAUUAAUUAAAAUUAUUAUUGGUAGAGAGCACAUGGUUCAGAAUAUACAAACGGGGGAGUUUCCAGUUGACAAUCUAUGUGAGCUUUACUAAUUCUUACUUGUGGUUGAAAAUCUGAUGGUUUCUGAAAUGAUCAUUGUACAUGAAAGAAUGUCGUCGGGAAAUGAUGUAUUUGCCAAGGAAUAACCGAACGAGGUCAUAAUAAUUAUGUUGUGUGUUGGUCAUUUUGCAGCCCUCUGCUGCUCAUCACACGCCUAGCAGGUGGUGUAUAGCAUUAUCACCAUGGAUACACGGAUGUUUGUGUGAUUUUUUUCAUCCACUGCCGCCCGGUUUGUGUCGUGUAGAUGUUGAUUAUGAAAACACUUCACAAUAAUUUGGAAACGUGAAGGGGGAACUGCUGCUGCCCGGUGUUUACGGUACGUAGACGCAAACACCCACCAAGCGGACGCUUUGGUCUCCGAAAACGCCGAGACAAAUUUACAAACAGCCACUAUUUCAAACAACUGGGCUCAUAAUCGUGAUGUAAACACUUACUUUCUCGCUAGAAAAAAUAUUACUACUGAAUGAAUUUAUAUAAUUUGUCCGGAAUGCAGUCGUUCUGUGUUGCUUGUGGUAGGACUAUUUAAAUUUUCCCGGCACUGCGUCCGGCCGGCACGAAAUGCAUUCUGGGGUAUUUAGUAUGUAUGUGUGUAAACGCUCGGGCAGCCGCGGCAUACUCAAAUCAUCUUUGAGUAGUCAGUAUGCAGUAGGUACUGCUUGAGUAGGUAAGUAGAUAGUAGGCAGUAUGCCAUUUCGGACACAGCCAAUCUCUCUCUCUUUGCGCAGGGAUGUCCAGUCUGAGGCCUCCUCCCACUCCUUUACCACCACUGCCUCCUCCUCCUCCACCACCGUCUCUCUCUCAAUUUGACCCUCCUCCCAAACAGCCUGAAGCCACACCCACACAGUGCACCUGCAGGCUGUCAGAUGGUGAGUACCUGAUGCUUUGAUAAUAUAUUAAAUCUGUUGGACGAGGAACAGAAAGGAGAAUUUAAUGAAACUAAAGAAUGUACGGUAAACCAGAGAGUAAACCAUGAUGCUCCAAAAGUUUUUAAGUCAGGACUACAUCAGUCCAGGACUCUUCUCUUUUUGUCAGAAUGUGGUUUGGGAUCAUACGAAGAUCUUUCCUGAAAAACUCAUUAUUUGGAAGGACGCAGAUGUUGCUCCUAAACCUAGAGAUAUUGUUUAAAACUGACAAUGCAGCAUCUAUGAUUUCCAGUUCUUCGCUGAAAGGACAACUGGACUUAGUCGUUUAGUCUCUUUGCUAAAGAAAUUAGUCAAAGUUAAAAAGAUGUUUGGUGGCUCGUACUAUGGCUGGGACUCUAUAUGUACUGUUGAUGAAGUUAGGUGCUGUUCUGAGCAUAAUUAUAUUAUAAUUAUAAUAAUUAUAUAUUAUAAUGUGGCUAUAGAGUGGCGUUCUGGUUGAGUGCGUGGCUCUCUGUAUUUCUAUCCUGCGGUCGUUACUAAAGUUGGUAUAACUAGAGAAGCAAGCGGUUGGCAACAUUCAUCACUGGAGGGGGGGUCUAACUCGGUGUUAUUGUGUUUGACCCUGACUUAAUUUUACACCAGAAUAUCCCUUUAAAUUGGCUCGGGUCCAGAUAAGUCUCUGGUGGUUCUGGUUCCAUCCGGUCUCCUCUUUCAUUGUUCAGUUUGAUUCGCUUUCCUGGAUGCAGUGAUGAUCUGUGUUUACAGUUAAUUUUGUGUUUAAAGAUAACAUUCAUAAACUAUGCUCUCUGUGUAGUUAAUAAAGGAGGAGGAGGAGGAGUACCCCUCCCCAAACCUGCCCCACCUCCUACUGGCCUGCAGUCCGUCCCUCACCAUCCCCCGCAGGUAACACACACACACACACACACACACACACACACACACACACACACACACACACACACACACACACAUAAAGGUGCACUAUGUUCUUAAAGGGGACCUGCCAUCAAAAUUUCAUCCCCAUUUUUAUCAUUUUUUCAUAAUCCUUGAUGUCCUCUGAUCAUGUUUGCAACAUAAUUUUAGCUGAAAAGUUAUUUGAUGGUUUGUUUUAGUUUGCCUAAAAAACCUUACAGUAAACCAACUGGUUUUGGCUCAUUAGCAUUUAUGGUAAUGAGCUUUGCUCUGAUUGGAUCGCUGCUGUGAAGCCUGCUGUGCUCUGAUUGGUUCAGCAGUGGAGGUUCGGAUUUCGGUUUAUCCAUUUUGCUAAUGUGUACUAAAGUAAGGUGCCCAGAUGUCUGUAAUGAUAUCCAGGGAUAUUCGGUGCAGCGGCGGCGGUGCAGGGGCUGCAGGGGCUGUGUGAUCACAGACAAAAUCUCGGUACUAUUUAGUAGCAGCGCAUGCCCCUUGUAAUAACCCCAUAAGAACUGUUGUUCAGGACUGCUAACUUGUGCUUCCUACCCAUUCGGCUACUGUAAUAACCGUUGUUCGAGGCCACACGCAACAUUUUUGCUCUCAUUCAUGAAACGCUUAAAUCGGGGACAUUUUCGGGGACAGCUUUUGCCGGGGACAGGUCAUCCAAUACGGGGACUGUCCCCGGAAAUCGGGGACGUCUGGUCACCUUAUGCUAAAGGCUAAAAACGGCAGGUAUUAAACCAUAUAUUUUAGACCCCGAGUCCGAAGAGGAGGUGGAAGUUGAAGAAGAAGCCGGAGAUCUCCAGCGGUGUUUUCUCAUUCAUUCUGCCCAGCUUUAAGUUCAUUUUCCCGGCAGUGAACCGAAGGAAACACCGGUCGUUUGGAAGAGACCCAUAGAGGAUACAGUGGUAGCUGGGUCUCACUCUGGCUGUGACGGAGUACGAGAACGAGAGAGUGGGCGCGACUCACCGGGGACGAGCUCGUGAAUAAUAAUGAGCAAGGUCAACGCAACGUAACACCGACCUGCUUUUUCAAUUGGCCUGGUUUACUCGUUCCUUUAUUUUAAACCUUUACAGAAUGCAAACGACGUAACGGUUUGUUUUCACAUUUACAACAUAAGACGAACAUAAAAUGGACCUUAUCUGACACAAAAAACACACAAAAUUACAUUUUUAUGGCAGGUCCCCUUUAAUAAAAUGGGUUCAAUGAAGAUUCUGAUUAUGUCGCCCCUCAGUGCCCCCUGAUGGUGCCGGAUGGCGGUCCGAUGAGCUGGUCAUAUGAAGAGGUGCAUGCUGGGACAGAUGGGUUCUCCCCUGCCCUCCAGAUUGGGGAGGGGGGCUUUGGAGUUGUGUACAAAGCCAUGCUAAGGAGGACUGAUUGUGCUGUGAAGAGACUCAAACAGGUAAGCCAAUCACAGUUUACACACAGGGAGGGGGCAGGGCUAGUGUAAAGUUGUUGUUGUUGUUGUUAUUUUGCAGUUGUCGACUUUGUUGUAAAUUUAGAUGGUUGUUGUUUAUGUUGUUGCAGGACUGUGUGUCCGACUGGACUCUGCUUAAGGAGAGUUUUUACACCGAGGUGGAGAAACUAACCCGGUGAGUGGGAAUCUUCUCUUCAUGAGGUGGGCUGAUCUCAGAGUCAGCAGACUAAUGCUGCGUUAGAGUUAACUCGGAAGUCAGAAAUCGGAGCUGAAAAUGACUUCACAACCGAGUUCCCAGCGUUUCAGUUACCAAGUCGGAAAAAUACAAAAUCGGAGGCCUGAACCAAGAUGGUUACGUUUACAAAAGUUAUUUUAGCCCUCUCCUUGUCCAAAUAUAAGGCAAGUGCUGAAAUAACUUUCGUAGCUGUAGUCAUAAUCAGAGGUGGAAACAAAAUGGCUACAACUACGAAAGUUAUUUUAGCACUUGCCUUGUCAGAAUAUAAGGUUAGCGCUAAAAUAACUUUCAUAGAUGUACCCAUACUCCGAGGCGGAAACAAGAUGGCUACAUUUACGAAAGUUAAUUUAGCGCUUGCCUUGUCUUUUUCAGUUUGGAGUUAUGACUUCAAAAGGUAACUCUAACGCACCAGAACCCCCAAUUUCCACCGCAUGUGGAACAGCUCUGAUCUGGAAUAGCAGAAACUUUUGCCAUCUGCCAAUUCCUACCGGAUCCGUUGUUGAGGCAAAUUUCAUGGUGGAUUACGGACAGUGGUAAUCAUGAGAACUCACAAGAACCUUCGGAUUCACGUUCAUUCGAGCGAUAACGAGUUGACACAUAGACAUAUAAGCAGUAGAUUGUGUCCUUCCAGAGGAGGAAAUCUACUUCUAGACUUCUAGAAUCAGCAUCUCCUCAUCCAUGGUGUCAUCUGGGUGAAAUGACGUCUAAAAAUCUUUCACCGCCCGUUUGCAUGGUGUGAAAUACGAUCCUCCUAAAACACGAGUGUUUUAUUUUGAAAAGAAGCCGGAUGUUUUGUUUUGUGUCUGUGCCCGACUUCCUUUCCAGCACGGGUUAAUCUGUGCUUAAUUUAUUCGGCAUGCUCCGGCGUCCAGAAAAAAUAGAACUCUUGUGAUCAGCUGUGGAGUCCGGCGAUCCGCAGAGAAGCCGGUGGAAAAUUGACAUGUUAACUUGAAUGGUUACGAUCAGCUAUGGUCGGAGGAUACAACCUUUUCGUAAACGUUCUGGAUGCAGUGGAAAUUGGGGGUUAGACUUGUGGACUCGUUCAGUCCUGUUCAGAAACAGUUAAUUUAUCAACGAGGAGAGUUCAGCCUCUUUAUAGGAGCUGAACGUAAAAACUAAACCAGUUUGUGUUUUUUAGGUUCAGACACCCGAACAUCGUGGACCUGCUGGGCUUCAGUCAAGGACCUGGGUGUGUGUGUCUCAUCUACAGCUACAUGGAGAACAGAUCUCUGGAAGACCAGCUGCACAAUGUAAUACACACACACACACACACACACACACACACACACACACACACACACACACAGCUAUAUACCGUGUGUGCAUGUUCACAAAACAGAAGUCCACACGUUCUGAGUGAUUAUGUUAUUACAGGGACAUGUUUAAUUAAUAAUAAUAAUAAUAAUAAUAAUAAUAGCUAUUGUUGUUGUGUUUACAUCUUGAUGUGUGAGUAUAUUCUCAGUGUGUAUUCUCCCGUGUAUGUGUGUGUGUGUGUGUGUUUCAGGUGGGUGUUGCCCUCUCCUGGUCUCAGAGAGUCAGUGUUGUUGAAGGAGCAUCUAAAGCCCUGCAGUUCCUCCACAACCCUCCUGAGGAGCAGAAGCCGCUUAUCCACGGCGACGUCAAGAGGUCAGUGUGACAUCACACUUCCAUCAUAUCACACCCAAUUACAUCAUCCAUGGUCACACCUGUGUGCGGUCCGACACGGUUUGAUUAUGUCAAAUUUAUCCCUGUUUGUGUGUGGACAGCUCAAACAUCCUGUUGGACCUCCACCUGGUGGCAAAGCUGGCGGACUUCGGUCUGGCUCGCUUUGCAUAUGGCAGCACGUCAGGGCGCUCCGGUGUAUCUCGGACGGUAACUGUCGGUAAAACUGAGACGGUUCGGGGGACGCUGGCAUACUUACCCGAAGAAUACGUGAGGAAUGGACUGCUGGGGCCUGCGGUGGAUGUCUACAGCUUUGGAGUGGUGAGACGCUGCAGGGGCUGAUGGGAAAUGUAGUCUGCUAGUUUGAUGGAGACUUUUGGCCUUCUGGAGGUGUUGUGGUGAUGAUGAUGUUUAUGUGUUUUUAAGGUGUUACUGGAGGUCCUCACAGGUCGACGAGCUCUGGAGAGAGUCAAGAAGUCUGGAGAGAGAUACCUGGUCAGAACACACACACACACACACACACACACACACACACACACACUGCUUUAUGAUGAUAUUUGUUUGUGCUGGUUGGAUGUGUUCAGUGGUUUUGAUUCUGGUUCUCCUCUGUUUUGUGGUCCUGGUGGUGCAGAAGGACCUGGUGGAGGAGGUGGAGGACAGCCCAGAUGGUUCAUGUGCAGCAUGGAGGAGACAGCUGGACCCUCAGCUGAUCUCAGGUCAGUGUAUAACAUUGGAUGUGCGAAUGUGAGUGUGUGUUUUCUGCCCAGUAUCUACAGAUGCAGUGUUGGUGUCUCCCUGCAGGGGGUAGUGCUGCAGAGCCUGUUGGCUGUUUGGAGAUGGUGGACCUGGCCCGCAGGUGUCUGAAUAAAAACAGGAAGAAGAGACCAUCCAUGAUCAAGGUCAGAUCUUCUGAAAGAGAAACUGUUUCUAUUUUUAAUCCAACCUCAGAGAUGUGUUUGUUAGAAGCGGAUCCAGGUUCGUGUUUCUCCUCAGCUCUUCUUUCACCGACACUCAGCGAGGAGAAAUUUUACCUGUUACAUGAAUCUUGCUCGUAGCGGAGCUGUGAUGAAAUCUGCAGCCAGAAGGAGGUGCUGGAGUGUCUUUAUUUUCAAUUUAAAGUCAGGAUGUGGAGUUCCUUAGGGCUCCUGUCUGGAUCCUGGUCUAAUUCAAAUUCAACUUUAUUUUAAUGGCACUUUUCAGACAAAAAUACAGUUCAAAGCUCCUUACAGAGGCUAAAAACAACAAUUAAACAACAAUAAAACCCGAACCUCCCACACACACAUCCACCCAUGGACCUACACACACACAAGGGCACACAGUGUGAGAAUUUAAUAUUUAUUGUUAAAGAGACGUGGCCUGACACGAGACAUUAUGUAAGGAAAGAGCUACCUUUAGGAAACACUGGAGAUAAAAGAUAAAAAAAAAAUAUGUGAAAUAAAAAACAUUAAAAAUGGUAAAAAAAUGUUGUUGUUUUUUAAAGGACUAAAACCUGAUGGUGUAAAACAAUAAAAUAACAUAAAACAAUAAUAACAGCAACAAAAAUAAUAAAUAAAUAGAAAUGGUAAAAAAAAAAGAAGAAAAGGAUAAAAACCUGAUGGACUAAAACUAGAAAAUAAAAUAAUAAUAAUAAUAACAACAAAAAUAAUAAUCAAUAAAUAAAUUAAAAUGGUACAAAAAAGACUAAAACCCGAUGGAAUAAAAUAAUAAAAUAAUAAUAAUAAUAAUAAGAAGAAGAAGAAGAAGAAGAAGAAGAACAAAAAUAACAAUAAUAAAUAAAUAAAAAGAUAAAUAAAUAAAUAAUGGUGAAAAGAGACUAAACCCUGAUGGAUUAAAACUAUAAAAUAAAAUAAAUAAUAACAAUAAUUAUUAUUAUUAUAUUAUUAUUAUUAUUAUUAUUAUUAGUAGUAGUAGUAGUAGUAGUAGUAGUAGUAGUAGUAGUAGUAGUAUAAAAAUAAAUAAAUAAAAAAUGGUGAAAAGAAAGACUUAAACCUGAUGGACUAAAACAAGAAAAUAAAAUAAAAUGAAGAAAUAAGUAAGAGCUCUUAACCAUGUAAAAAGGGUAAAAGAAGUAAAAACCCUCUUUUCCUUAACAGAACAGAACAGAAAUAAUUAAUAAGAUAACAUAAAAUGAACAUUAAAAACUUAAAUUAAAAUGAACAUUUGUGAUAAGAGAAAUAUAAAAAGGUAGUUAGUAAAAAGCCUGGUUAAAAAGGUCAGUCCUCUUCUUAAAAACAUCAACAGUCUCUGCAGCCCUGAGGCUCUCCGGCAGGCUGUUCCACAACCGGGGACUAGAAACUGAGAGCCGCCUCCCUCCCUGUGUGUUUUUGUUUUAACUUCGGGUUAAAAGGUUAAAAGGCCUGUGCCGGAGGACCUCAGGGUCCUUGGCUGAUAUGAUAAAAGUCAGAUAAAUAAGAGGGGCCAAGACCAUUAAUACAUCUAAAAACUAAUAAAAGAAGAACCUGAAAAUCAACCCUGAAACGGACGGGGAGCCAAUGCAGCGACCUAGUGAUUCAAAGUUUCAGAAUCUGUCGUCCGUUUGUGUCUGUGUCGUUUCUAGGCCUCGGGGCUGCCAAAAAUGCCAUUCAAGUGACCUGGCGACCUUGUGAACUUUGACCUUGAAUGUUGGCAUUUCAAUAAUAGCACUAAUAGCAUUAUAAUAACACAAUUUUAAUAUGACACUGACAUAUUUUAAAUGCAGGCACUCAAUAUACAAUCAUCCUGGCUGGUGCAGGGAAAGAAGACAUAAGCAACAAAAUAAGAUCUACUGAUGUAUACACUCUAUACAGUCAUCUGAGAAAAACUGCUCCACCAUCAAAUUGGGCCACACCCACUUCAUCAACUCAUUUAAUUAGACACAGGUUUGAUUCAUUUAUAGAAAAGAGCAGUGUGACCCAAAAAGAGAAUGACUUUUAAUGUGCUUUUGACUUUCUGUGUUGCUUUUGGAGUUAACAAAAAUUCGCCUAUUGAGGAAAAUAACAUAAUGAAUAAAAUAUAAAAAGCUACCCCUAUGAAAAGUCUAUCAUAUUUUAAUUUACUUCUAUUGACCCUAAAAACAAUUUAGUAUAUGUAAGGUUUUGCCCACCCAAGUGGUACCGACAUCUGGUCCAGCUCAAGGACUACCUCCUGCUGGCCUGGGAGAGAAACGGGCAGACUCUGGUCAUGUUCUUCAGGUGGUAAAAACUGACCUUUGCUAUGUUUUUGAUGUGUGGAAUAAAACUGAGCUCAGAGUCGAAAAUUACACCCACAGAUGUUGAUACUUUAAAAUCUUAAAACGUCUGUUUUGUCCUGCCAUCCAGGACUUCAUGUCUGAAGUGCAGUUUAAAAGAGCAUCAAUUAGCCCGCUGUCCUCUUUCAUCCAUGUUUUCCUCCUCAGGUGUUUGACAAACUUCAGGACAUCCACAACAGUGUGAGAGAGACCAGUCUCUCCUCUUCCCCCCUUCAUCACCCUCACCUCCAACCCUCCUCCAAGUCUCUCCCUAGACCCCCCCGCCCUCUGGACUCAAGGGUGGAAGCUCUAUCCCAACAACUGUCCACAUUGGGACCACUAGAGGACACCUACCAUCCCUCCGUGUCCUCCUCUUCCUCCUCCUCCUCCUCCUCCUCCUCCUCCUCCUCCUUCUGCUUCCUCCCCCCUCCUGACCCCCUACACUCUUCCUCUUCCCUCCCCCACUGCUCUUCAUCAUUCGUCGGUCCGUGUGAAACAGACGAGAGUAGGGGUUUCUCCCAGUACGACCUUCAUUCUCAGUGCAGAUCCAAUGGUUCCAGCUCCAGGUCUUUGUCUCCUGCCAUUAGAAACCAGCCUCCUGGUCCAGCUGGGCCCUCAAAGUCCCAGAUGAGUCAUCCAUCUGUUCCUACCGAAGACCAGUACAACUUUCCUCCUCUGCCUGGCAGCACCAUUCACAGUACAGGCGCCGCACUGGGACCAAUGACUGGAGGACCAACUACAGGGGGGGCCACAGCAGGUCUCUACGGUUUACCAAGAAGCCUCUCUCCAGCGGGGUCCCUGCAUUCCUCGUCCCCGGGGCCCUCAGGUAUAUAAAUGAAAAACAGACCCUCAUAGGUUCAUUUAGUCCACCAUCACUGGCUAAACCCACAGGAUCCGCAACGGCUCUGCUCCGCUCUGGACCGGCAGACAGGCAAGCAGGCAUACAGUGCCCACCGGAUCUGAUCCACCGUCGCCAUUGGAGGAGAAGCACUCGCAAGAUUACCAAUAUUUCUCGCAAGACUGGACGAGCUCUCACGUGUUUCCCUAGGAUUCACAGAAUGAGAUCCACCGAGCGGUGUUUAUCAAUACCCUCAUCCCACAACCCUGGCGUCUCCUAUUAUCAAGCUAAGAACAGUUUAAUGUAUUGACUUUCUUUUAUUUUGAAAAUUAACCGGAUAUUUUACUCUGUAGCCACAUACAACUUCCACUGCUGCUCUGCUGCGCUGCACUGAAUUGAUGCGCCGUGCUGCGUCAUCCGGCAAAAAUAGAAUCCCUGCGUAUCUGAUCCAGCUGCCGGAGCCAUUCCACAGCGGAGCCGGACGGAUUCUGUGGAAUCACACACAUUGAUUAUAAUGCUUGCGGAUUUGAUCCCCCGGCCGUGCUGCAGCUGAGCCGUUCCGGACCCUGUGGGUUUUGCCCGUUAGUGUGUCCCAUCUAGGGUUGCAUAGGAGCAGAAAACUUUCCAUGGGAAUUAUGGGAAUUUAUGGUAAUUAACUGUAAAUUGGGGGUAAUUUAAACAAACUGUAUCAUAUCCAAACAUAAAUGUAAAUAUUUUUGUUUUGUAAUAUGCAGACAUCCAUGAAAAAAAUACAAUUAAAAAACAUUUUAACACAUUUAUUUGAGUGGCGAUGGUAAACGUGGCAUUUUUCUGUAGAAUAAAAUUACAAAAAAGCUUGCAAAAAUACUAAUGCAAUGGCAUGAACAGAAAUAUAGUUGGCUAAACAACUGGAAUGGUCUUCAAAAUAUUUGAUAAUUGAUGUAUAAAUUAUUGUAUGGUUACAGAAAAUCGUCUUACAGGAGUCAGAAGAAACAGCAUCACAUUUGAGGUAGCUACCACCACCAUAAUAAGCUCGCCCCUGAAAUGAUCAAUGAAAUGAAAAAUAGCUUACUUUUAGCACGUAUUUUUAUUUGAUUUUUGCAAGUUAAAUAUUAAUACUAUUAUAGAUCAAAUAUAUUUACCCCAGAAUAUUAUCCAAACUUACUUGACUUUCUGUAGUCCGUGGACUCUAAAAUGUGGCCUCCAGGGUUAAAAAAAUCAUCUGCAUGUGAUUGAGGAGUGUACUAGCAUUAAAUCUGGUUGUUUUAGUCAAGAUUAUGUUACAAUACAUUUUCACCAACUAUAUUUAAGUUCCUGUUGAGGGCCAACCUUCAAUUUGGUACAUUUCAGAUUUAUUCCCGUUAAUUCCUGUUAAUAUUCCCUUUGAAAAUUCACGGAAUUUUGCAACCCUAGUUCUGUGUGACCCUGUUCUAGCAGCUGGAGAAAACUGCCUCUGAUCCUGUAGUUUAACCUGUAAACCCUGUUGUGAGUGUGAGAGGUCUGAUCUGUUUCCUCUGUGUUCCUCCUCAGUGGUCAUCAAUCCCAGUAAGCAGCACUUGCUGCAGAAGAAAACUCUGUAUGACGAGGGAAAAAUCCGGACCCCAGAGCUCCUGUCAGCCGAAGACCUCUGUACGACUUUAUGCUCUUUAUUACACCUGUAUACAUUUCUGUAUUUAUUUAUCACAGGUCUCUGAUUUACCUGUAACUCUGCAUAACUCCACCAUAGAGGCACUGAUUUAGUUUCUUCUCUCUUCCCGUCAGAUGGAGGGAGGAGUUCAGUGGAGGAGAGAGAACCAGAGGAGAGCGACGAGAUGGAUUACCUUCGUGCCCAACACACCUGACCUUACGGACAUAAAGUCCUUUUUUCACCUCUAUCAUCUCUGAGCAUGAACACUUGUCUUUUCUCAGCGUGUCCCCACUGUUCCUCUCUUUGUCUCUGUCUUUUAAAAUGGUACAUUCCAUAAUAAUCCACAUGGUUAUAUUUAUUGUAAAGUCAUUUUCCUCCCCUGCAGUAUGAAGACAACGAGAACUCACUUAAGACACCUACACAUAAAAGAGUAAAUGAUCUGGUUCAUUUUUAUAUUUAUUUUUAUUAUUGACAAUUUUAAGAAAUGAUUUAAAUACAUCUGUAAAGAUGAAUAAAUAUAUAUAUGUGGAGAAAA